ACGUGAGUUGGUUAUACUAUAUACCAUAUAUAUAUAUAUAUAGACGCAACUGCAAAUAAACGCCACGCGCACCCCAACACGACCGUCGAACUCCAUACUUUCACAAGUAUUGGCACAUUUUUCAUCUGGUGUAGUUAUUUAUAAAUAAAAUGUUUUUGUUAAAAUUGAUUUAUAUUUUAUUUCUUUGUAAUAUUGUAAAUAUUAUUAAAAGUAAAUCAUUACCUGAUUACAGUAGUAAUAUUAAAGAAGGAAAAGAAUUAGAAAUUUUUAACAAUAUUAAAUCAAAAAUUGAUGUAUCAUAUGACAAAUGUCCUAUUAGUCAUGAUGUGCCUGUUAUUUCAGCUCUUAAUAUCGAAAGUGAAAAAAUAAAAAAGCUAUUAACUUUUGUUCUUUAUAAAAUACCAUAUAUUGGUAGCCCAUUAGAAGGGUUCUCAAUAGCAUUCUGGCCGGAUCAAGAAAAGGAUGUAUGGUUAGAAAUUAAAGAUAAAGUUAAAAAUGUAAUAGAUAAAAAUACAUUACUAACGAUUAGUGGUAUUCUUUCUGGUGAUAUAAGGAUGUAUAAAGAAAGAAUAAAUCAGCUAUCUUCAGAAAUAAAAAAUCCUACAAAUAAUGCUUCAUCUCAUUAUAUGAACAUUGCAGAAGAUUUAAUUGGAUUCGAGAACAAAUUUAUGUUUGACAAAAAUUAUGCUGAUUAUAAAAAUAUAAAUUAUCAUUUACUUCCUUUGUAUUCAACUGUUAUAUCAAUGAAGGCAAGUUAUUAUACUAUUGGUAUUAAAUAUUCAAAAAAGAUCGGUUUAACUUCAAAUGAAGUUUUAAAAAUAAAAAAUUAUAUUACAAAUAUUAUUAAGUCUAAAGAUGGUGCUAAUAAUUAUAUCAAUAACAUGUUAGAAGAUAGUUUAAAUAAUGCUUAUAGCACAUCUAAUCAAUUUAAUAUUUAUAAUAAAAUCAUGUCUAUUAAAGGUCACAUAGGUAUUCAUGGUUUAGAAUAUAUACCAAUGUGGAACAACUUGAUAGAUAAUCCAUUUUCAGAUGAGAAAAUAAAUAUAAAUAUAAUCUCUUAUUCUAUAUUAGUUGGAAGAGUAACAUUAAAUAUUAAUAAGCAAUUACUAAACAUAUCUCAACCAUUAACACCUAAUUUAAUCAAUGGAACUCGUAAUGCAAUAGUAUCUAUAGGUGUUUAUAUUUGGCGUAUACACAAUGCUCCACGAAUAGGUGGUAUAAAUAUCUUCUUUAAAAAUGGUGACAAUUAUUCUCUAGGAGAAUCUACUUCUGAAUAUAAAAAAUUUGAUCUUAACGGAUCUGUUAUUAAAACAUUACAAGUACAUGGUGAUGGUGCAAUUGAUCGCUUAGUUUUUUAUCUCUCUGAUAAAAGAAUAUUAUCAUAUGGAGAAGAAAAGAUUCCAAAACCAAGUAAUCGGAAUUACGAAAAAAAAUUUGAAGAAGAUUCACAUCAUAUUUCUUCUUUGUUUUUAAGUAAUGAUGCUUAUAAUUGUGGGCUGGCCGGUCAAGCCGCAAAUAUAGCUGUAUCAUACCAACUAGAUUAACUCAAAUAAUUCAAUGAAAAAUCAGUAUAAUUUAAAAAUUUAAAAAUUUUUAAAUAAAUUCAGUUAAAAACAUAUGUUUAUUUUAAUCGUUUAUAAAAUUUAAAGUUCUUGGUUUUAAUUUAAAACA